AUGGCAGGCAACGAGCCCACGCUUUCGUCUCGCGCGAAUCAAUAUAUUCGUGAGGUCUUGCACAACACCGAGGCACCGCCUACGAUACCCGUUCGCUACUUUUACACGUCGCCGCUCGCUAUAGACGACCCGCUGUCUCCGCUCCCUCCGCCGCCAACGGGCACCUCGACCGCGAAGAGAGUGCCGCCGCGGCCCUUCUCGGAAUACGACAAUGACGCUAUCCAGGAGUCGUGGCUGGAACUGCGAAAGAAGAUUUUGAAGCAUAAUGAGGAGUUUGGGGAGAAAGAUGUGACGGGACGCGGUACGCCGACCAACCCGGCGGUGGAGCGGCUGAAGAGGAAGAGAGGUGCUAGCGCUUCAAGUGAGGAAGGCUCAAUCCAGGGAAGGGACAUACCGUCUGGGCGGUCAUCGAGUCGAGGGCAAUACUCGAGGUCUGCUGAACUAGUGGACAAGAAGACACCCGGCUCUGGCAGCGGCAGCGGCAGCUACGGCCAGUCCAUGUCUGGCUCGCUGAAGGCCUACGAUCCCGGCCCAAUAUCACCUCUCGAGCCUGCGACAACCGGCACACCUUUCAUCCGAGCCCCUUUGAGAGGCAGCCUGGCCAAGUCAUGGAAGCCUGCACCCAUGGAGGGAGGCCAUCGGCCCACCAUACACGAAGUGGACAGCUACAAGUGGGAUGACGACAUGGAGCCUGCUCUAUCGACGGCCAAGGACAAGGCGCCCGCGACAAGGUCUUCCAAGCCGAAACCAGGGCCAUCUGCAAAGGUGCCUGUGGGAGUCUCGAGACUGCAUCAUGUAGUCAUGGACACUGACGCAAUACGCAUGGAGCCUAUAUACUGGUCACCGCUUAGUGAUGUCGCGCAGAUUGUUCGUGGAACAUGGUUCUACAAGGACAGUAUGAUGCCGGUUGAAGUCGAAGUCGCCAAUAUGCUCGAAGCCGGAUACAUCGAAUUGAAGCCUUGGACGCAGACGUGGACGGACGAACUGAACAGUGCUGUCGAAGUUGGUGCCCUUGGGGAGAUGAAGAUACUACACAACCUUUGGCCCGAGAGACCUCGGAGAUCCGAGAGCAGACCAUCGACCUCGCAAGGGAUAAUGCAAUCAGCGGGUCUUGUUCAGAGCACCCUGCCUGAAGACGAGGAAGACCCAGAGAAAGAGCGACGCGAGACAGUGGAGAAUGCCUGUGACCUGAUCGACAUUUCCACAGGUCCAGAGGGACCAGACCACAAGGCAGCUGGAGAUCUGGAAUACGGUGCGGACGGAAGAAAGCGCCUAUAUCUGAAAGCGGGUGUGAUAUACUCCAACGACAAGGAGGCUUACAUCCUCAAGCCAGCGCUCCAACCGUCCGACUACUACGGCCGACGACCAGUAGCAAACUACAUCCGCAAGGGCAGAGCGAUCGGUGUCCACGUGGUGCGUGGUUUUGAUCAGGCCAUCUGGGACAAGCUGCAUCCGAGCAAGAAUACGCCAAAGGCACAAGCAGCACGCGAAGGUGUCUCAUCAUCCCAAGGCGGUGCGCCGCAGUAUCGAAGGCAGAAGUCAGACCCCGAACUCGCGCAGUCGGAACGACCCAAGGUUUCAGAUCUAGUUUUGGUGAUACACGGUAUUGGGCAGAAAUUGUCGGAAAGAAUGGAGACAUUUCAUUUCACGCAUGCGAUGAACGCCUUCCGACGAGAGAUGAAUGUCGAGCUUGGAACUCCCGAUGUAAAACGGCAUCUGCGAAAGGAUAUGGGAGGUGUUAUGUGCCUGCCGGUCAACUGGCGGCAUCGCGUAUCCCUCGACGUCGAUAACACCAAAAACCCAGAGCUCGAGGAUCCUUCCGCCAACAAGUACACACUCAAAGACAUCACCCCGGAUACGCUACCCUCGGUCCGCGGUAUCGUAAGCGACGUUAUGCUCGAUAUCCCAUACUACCUCUCGCCGAUGCACAACCCCAAGAUGAUAUCAGCUUGUAUACAAGAGGCGAACCGCAUCUAUCGUCUGUGGUGCCACAAUAACCCCGGGUUCGCAGAGUACGGCCGAGUGCACUUGAUUGCGCAUUCGCUCGGCUCGGUGAUGGCUAUUGAUAUCCUAAGCCAACAGCCAACCUAUGUCGAUCCUCAAUUCACUGACACGUCCUUCCCUGAAGCCGACCUACCCCAAGACCAGUUCAUCUUCAACACCACUGAUCUCUUCGUCUGUGGUAGCCCUGUUGGUCUCUUCCUCCUCAUGAAGAAUGCCAACCUGUUGCCUCGUCGCGACAAAGAGAAGCCAGGUGCUGACUCGUAUGCUGCUCCUGGUGUAGCCGGCGAACAAGGCACUUAUGGGUGCCUCGCCGUCGACAACAUCUACAACAUCAUUAACCCCUACGACCCUGUCGCCUGUCGCAUAAAUCCAACCGUAGAUGUGGUCUAUGCCUCUAUAUUGAAACAAACGACCAUUCCCUCGGCAUCCACAUCCUACUUCGCGUCUCUGAACCCUUUCCGUUCUUCCAAUUCCAAGAACAAUAAUUCUUCAAACGACAAGCCAGCGCCCAUCCGUUUGCCCAGCAACGUUGAGCUCGAGACCCACAACUUCACGCGCGAGGAGAUUGCGGAGAAGAGAGCUUAUCUGCUUAAUGACAACGGCCAGAUCGACUUCUACAUGAAGUAUGGUGGUGGACCAUUGGAAAUUCAGUACUUAACCAUGUUGGGCGCGCAUAGCAGUUAUUGGAUCAACAAAGAUUUCGUUAGAAUGAUAGUUGUUGAGGUUGGGAGGGGCUUGGGGAAGGAGGGCACGAUCAGAGAGAUGAGAGCGCAGAAGAAGAAAUUGGCUGUUGGUGGAGCGUCAUAG